AUGUCACCAACCCACCCUCCCCCUCUCCCCUCCAUACCCCCCGGGAAAAACGCUCCCCCUCCCCCCUCCCCUCCACCACCCCCUCCCCCUCCUCCUCAUGAUGAAGGAUUGGAAAUGCCUGGCCCCGUUCGUCAUCUUGUCUUCUUAUUCGUAUACCAAUUCUUCUUCUAUAUUUUUUCCAUAAUCCUUUCCUUCUCCUUUUGGUCCCUACCCUUCCCCACCCACUACCUGCCUAACACCUCCCCCUACCCCACCUCCUCCUCCUCCUCCACCCACAUACCCACUCAUGCCUCAUCUCCCCCUUCCCAUGACUCGACCCCACUACCUGCCGAACACCUUCCCCCCCUACCCCUCUCACUCUUCCCACACAUACUCCUUACUCAUCCCCCACUCCCUUGCCGUCCCCUUCCCAUGACUCGACCCACUACCUUACCCAUUUCCCCCCCUCCUCCUCCCACUCCUUAUCUCCCAAAACCCCUUCCUCCCACCUGCCCAACACCACCUUCUUUAUCUUCCCCUCCCCUCUUCCCAACCGCCCCCAUCCCCUACAACUCGACCUCCCACCACACCCACCCCCUCCUCCACCACCGCCGCCACCGCCGCCGUUGGGCGCCCCUCAUCUUUCGUAGUGCAACCACUAAGCCAACAAAUCUCUUGCGCCCUUUGUACGCCCACAAAGGCAAGUGGUAA